AUGAAGUCUACCUGGCGCACCGCCGACAGGAAGACAUGGAACCACAACCACUGGGCGAUUGAACUGCUCAACGCCCAUCCCAUCGACAUCACCAAGGAGGUGCCCGUCCACGCAAAAAGCGACAAACUGCCCUACAUGCCUCAGCUAGGCCUGAAUAUCUGGGUGCUCCUCUAUGCGUCUUUCCCACUUCUCUUCCACCAGGCCUACGCUACCUACAUGGGGAAGAACCUUGGUCCCAUCGCCGUCUUCAAUCUUUACUUCAUGGCGUUCAACCUGACGGUGCUCUACGAGGUGCACCUACUCCGCCGCAUGGGUCACAGAUUCGGGUUCCUCGACGGUGAUCAACAUGAGCGGGACGGCGUUCCAGACGUGGGGAUUGCCAAGGUGGUCACUUCGCUCUACAAGACCACGGGCUCGCGCAUAGCCUUGUCGACCUACCUAUCCUACAACAUGAACAUGCUGCCAUCCCACAUGAACUGGCUGGUUCUUCCUCUGGAGAUCGGUCUCUACGGGAUCGUGCUAGACUUCUGGUUCUACUGGUACCACAGAAUGAUGCACGACGUGAGCUUCCUGUGGAAAUACCACCGCACACACCACUUGACGAAGCACCCGAACCCACUACUCUCGGCGUACGCAGACCACGAGCAGGAGUUCUUCGACAUGGUGGGCGUGCCAAUUAUGACAUACGCUACGCUCAAGAUGGCCGGCCUGCCCAUGGGUUUCUUCGAGUGGUGGGUCUGCCACCAGUAUGUGGCGUUUGCCGAAGUCUUCGGACACAGCGGCCUGCGCGUGCACAUGACGGUCCCAUCGACCAUGAGCUGGCUGCUGCAGAUGUUCGAUGCUGAAAUUGUCAUCGAGGAUCAUGACCUGCACCAUCGCAAGGGGUGGAGAAAGAGCCACAACUAUGGCAAGCAGACUCGUCUGUGGGACCGUAUCUUCGGUACUUGUACUGACCGGAUUGAGUCGGUGGAGGAGAACGUCGACUACUCGACUACGGUGAAUAUGCCGCUGUUCUAA